AUGGCGUCGACACCCAUGGACCUCGAUGGUCCCGAAUCAUCUCCCGCGAACGGCACUCCCUUGACUUCACUGAACAUAACAAGAACAUUAGGGGCCAAUCUCCCAAAGACUGCACCAGUAACCGAUGUGAUCGCAAACUUCAGACCAACAAAGGUACCACCACGUCCUCCCGUCAACAUCAAGCCUCGGGAUCCUCCCAAAGAGCAGCAAGGCCUGCGUACUUCCAAGAAGAAACACUACAUUACUGCAGCUAGUGUGCUGCCUCACCAACCAGGAGAGAGUUCUCGUCCCAGAGGAAGCACUGAAGCGUCUCUCUCAGCUGUAUCACCUUCUGAAACAGCUGAUCUUGCGCUUGUCACUCCCAAAAGUUUGGGAGACGAUUUAAAGAAUGCCAGCAUUUCUAACAACCAACAGCUCUUUAAGCGCGACGAACUGAAGGAGGGGCGACCGAAACCAUAUAUUCUCAGUCUCGACUAUGACGACCCCGGCGAGCUUCUCAUGACUUCGGAGAGUGACGAUACUAUCCAGAUCUACAAAGUUCGUGAAGGCCGACACGAAAAGCAAUUGUUGAGCAAGAAGUACGGCGUCAAGCUUGCCAAGUUUACGCACACCAGCUCCAGUGUGGUUUACGCCAGUACAAAAGUGAACGAUGCGAUACGAUACUUGACGACCCACGACAAUGCAUUUAUUCGAUACUUUGAGGGCCACGAAGCAGCCGUGACUUCGCUUGCUAUGCACCCUGGACAGGAUGACUUCAUUUCCUGCAGCAAAGACAACACGGUGCGAUUAUGGAACGCGGCUACCAAGAAUGCCGUAGGCGUUUUGAAUCUCAACACGCCCUACCUUGCGGCGUACGAUCCGAGUGGCCAGGUCUUUGCAAUCGGUUCUCCUAGUAGUGGCCAGAUUCUUCUAUACGAUCAAAGAAACUUUGACAAGGCUCCUUUUAGCACCUUCGAUGUUGCCGAGGCCUGCGCAUUUGCCGAUACCGCUUACGUAUUAAAGGGCUGGACAAAACUAGAAUUUUCCAAUGACGGCAAAAACCUCCUUCUGGGCACCAAGGGCAAUGGGCACUUCCUCAUCGAUGCGUUUGAGGGUACUUUGCGGGCAUACUUGCAUAAACCCAAUGGUGGCACACGACGACUGGCGGCAGGCGAAGCCCCCAGCAUGAAUGGCAGCUCAGCAAAUGGAUCCAGCAGUAUUGAAGGCAGCGGUGACUGCGGCUUCAGUCCCGAUGGCCGCUAUGUUGUUGGCGGGGGUGCAAACAACAAAUUGCUGAUUUGGGAUACCCUGGGCCAGGUUGAUGAAGACAAGACAUUGGAGCCUCUCCACAUGAUCGACAGCGAGAGGCCAGCAUCUGUCGUUGCAUUCAGUCCGCGCUUCAACUUUAUUGCAACGGCAGAUCAGGAGGUUGUAUUUUGGCUGCCAGAUCCCCACGCCUAA